AUGAUGGAAAUUUUCAAUUGCGCAAAACCAUUUUUAAACUUGUAUCAGAUAACUAGAGCUCGUCCUGCUUUCUUACUUACUUGCAUUCGUCAUGGGCACACUGGAAAAGAAGCCAAUCAAGAAAAACAGAAUGCCAAAACUUCUAAGAAAAAACCGGCGUCAAAAGAAUAUCUCGUAGUGGACCACUUUUUCGAUACCGUAAUUGUGGGGGCGGGAGGUGCUGGCCUAAGAGCUGCCGUUGGUCUUCUCGCCGAAGGAUUUAAAGUCGCAGUUGUAACGAAAUUGUUCCCAACUCGUUCUCAUACGGUCGCUGCACAGGGAGGCAUCAAUGCGGCCAUGGGAAAUAUGAGCUCCGACAAUUGGAAAUGGCACUUUUACGAUACCGUGAAGGGCUCGGAUUGGCUUGGUGAUCAAGACGCAAUACAUUAUAUGACACGUGAAGCAAAACGGUCGAUUGCGGAACUUGAACAGUAUGGAAUGAAUUUUUCACGAACUAAAGAGGGUAAAAUUUAUCAACGAGCUUUUGGUGGGCAGAUGAAAAAUUAUGGGAAAGGCGGAAAAGCGGCCAGGAGUUGCGCCUGCGCUGAUAGAACAGGCCAUGCAAUGAUACAUGCUCUAUACGGGCAAACUUUACGGUAUAACUGUCAAUAUUUUAUUGAAUACUUUGCGAUGGAUUUGCUAAUGGAAAAUGGAGAAUGUAAAGGAAUCAUUGCGCUCUGUUUAGAAGACGGUACAAUACACAGAUUCAUCACAAAGAAUACUAUCAUCGCGACCGGAGGGUACGGAAGGGCUUAUUACAGUUGCACCUCAGCUCACACAUGCACAGGCGACGGUUAUGGCAUGAUUGCUAGAGCCGGCUUACCAUGUCAGGAUAUGGAAUUUGUACAGUUUCAUCCCACAGGUAUAUAUGGCUCUGGAUGUUUGGUAACAGAAGGUAGCAGAGGAGAAGGAGGCUAUCUUAUCAACAAUAAAGGAGAACGAUUUAUGGAGAGAUAUGCUCCUGAUGCCAAAGACUUGGCUCCUAGGGAUGUUGUAGCUAGAGCGAUGUCAUUAGAAGUUGCACAAGGAAGAGGUUGCGGUCCGGAUAAAGACCACCUACAUUUGAAAUUGUCUCACCUUCCAGUUGAUCAACUUAAAACGCGACUUCCAGGACUGAUGAUUACUGCAAUGAUUUUUUCGGGAGUUGAUAUUACAAAAGAUCCGUUGCCUGUGCAGCCAACAGUACAUUUUAACAUGGGUGGAAUACCUACGAAUUAUAAGGGGCAAGUGCUGUUUCAUAAAGAUGGAGAAGAUGUUAUAGUAUCAGGUCUAUAUGCAAUCGGUGAAACUGCAUCGACUGUGCAUGGAGCAAAUCGCCUAGGCGCUAAUUCACUUUUGGAACUAGUUAUAUUCGGAAAACUGGCCGCCUGCAAUAUAGCUAAUGAAUGCCAACCCGGGACUAAAGUAGAGUUAUCCUACGAUCGCACUGGUGAAGAAUCCAUAUGCAACUUAGACUGCUUGCGCUGUGCCAAAGGUAAGUACCCAGCUGGCGAAUUGCGCGUAAUGUUGCAAAAAAUUAUGCAACGCUACGCGGCUGUGUUUCGUGAAGGCUGCUAUCUAAAAGAAGGUAUUGAGAAGUCCUCUGAGCUCUAUAAAUUACUCGCGGAUAUACAAUUGUUUGACCGUACAGUUAUUUGGAACUCAGAUUUAGUCGAUAGUUUGGAAUUACAGAACUUAAUGAUUUGUGGCCGACAAACAAUUGUAGCAGCUGCGAAAAGGAAAGAAAGUCGGGGGUCACAUUCGCGUGAGGAUUACAAGUGUCGUGUUGAUGAAUAUGACUAUGACAAACCGCUCCAAGGGCAAACGAUGCGUCCCUUCGAGAAACAUUGGCGCAAGCACACUCUAACCUACAUCAACGUCGAGAGCGGCAACGUCUGCGUCGACUACCGGCCCGUGCAGGAUGGCACGCUGGACGAGCGCGAAUGCCCGUCCGUACCGCCUGCGACUCGAUCUUAUUGA